CCUGCAUUUUGUUCUCUCGUCUCCCUAAGCCUACGCGGUCGCUCACUUUUUCUCUCUCUCUCGCCUCGCGUUCCCCCCGUGUGCGCUCUCCCUUCCUCUCUUGUGAGGAGUGAGGACGGCUGGGGCGACCGACGCCGCCGCCGCCGCCCUACGCCAGGUGCCGAGGUCGUUGUUGUGCCCUUCGCCAGCUCUUCUCCGGGCCCUUCGCCGGCGACGAGCACCCACCAGGAUCAGUGAUAUGAUCAAGUUUCUCUUGUUUUCAUCUUUCAGUUGCUGAUGCAAGGCUUUCAAAAGUUUGAAAGUCUCACUUGACGCAAAAGCAACACAAUCACUCUAAAGGUUUAGACAGUCAUUUCAGAGAAUGGGUUCACGGUUUCCAUCUCACCAGCUAAGCAAUGGCUUGUAUGUCUCGGGCCGCCCUGAGCAACCUAAAGAGAAGGCCCCAGUCAUUUGCUCCUCGGCUAUGCCUUACAUUGGUGGGGACAUAAAGAAAUCAGGAGAGCUUGGAAAGAUGUUUGAUCUCCACAGAAAGUCUGGUCAAUUGGGUAAUCAACCUUCAAGGAAUACUUCCUUUGGUGGUGCUGGCAACAACUCUGGACCAGUUUCUAAUGCUGUUGGUCGCUCCAACUACUCUGGUUCUAUUUCGUCUGCAGUUCCUGGUACUGGAGGAUCUUCUAGAACAAAAUCUAAUUCUGGACCUCUCAAUAAGCAUGGAGAACCAACAAAGAGGUCGUCUGGCCCCCAAUCUGGUGGUGUAACCCCAAUGGCCCGCCAGAACUCUGGCCCUCUGCCUCCUAUUCUUCCUACAACUGGGCUAAUCACAUCAGGUCCUAUCACCUCUGGUCAGUUGAAUUCAUCUGGUGCUCAACGGAAAGUAUCAGGCCCUCUUGAUUCUAGUGUAUCAAUGAAGAUGCGUGCCACCUCUUUUGCACACAACCCAGCUGUCACAAAUCUCAAUGUUGGAGGUGGUUACUCGAUUAAGGGCAGCAUUCCAACCACAAUAAUCUGGCUGGUCGGGUUGCUCUUUUUGGUUGGGUUCGUAGCUGGUGGCUUCAUUCUCGCUGCUAUUCAUAAUCCAAUCCUGCUUAUAGUCGUGGUGGUGAUAUUUGGUUUUGUUGCUGCACUGGUGACCUGGAACAUCUGCUGGGGAACAAAAGGUGUGAUUGGGUUUAUCAGUCGCUAUCCUGAUGCAGACCUUAGAACCGCAAAAGAUGGGGAGUAUGUGAAGGUUACUGGGGUUGUCACUUGUGGAAAUUUGCCCCUUGAGUCCUCAUUCCAACGGGUGCCGCGAUGUGUUUACACUUCUACUUGCUUGUAUGAGUAUAGGGGUUGGGAUUCGAAAGCUGCUAACACUACGCAUCGCCGAUUUACUUGGGGUCUCAGGUCAAUGGAGCGACAUGCAGUGGACUUCUACAUCUCUGAUUUCCAGUCUGGACUGCGGGCACUGGUAAGGACAGGAUCUGGUGCACGCGUAACCCCAUAUGUGGAUGAAUCUGUUGUUAUUGACAUAAACCCAGACAACAAGGAUAUGUCGCCUGAAUUCCUGAGGUGGCUCCGUGGAAGGAAUCUCUCGAGUGAUGAUCGGAUUAUGCGCCUUAAAGAAGGAUAUAUCAAGGAGGGCAGCACUGUGAGUGUGAUGGGUGUUGUUCAAAGGAAUGAGAACGUGCUGAUGAUCGUUCCUCCAGCUGAACCCAUCUCCACUGGCUGCCAAUGGGCCAAGUGCAUCCUCCCGGCCAGCCUCGAGGGCCUGGUCCUGAGAUGCGAAGACACAUCUGACCUGGAUGUGAUACCGGUCUAGCUAGAGGGGGAUUGGUUCUGGCGAUCCUCUGGUGUGCGGAGGAGAGGAAAAAGAUGCCUUGACUUUUGAUUUGGUUUCUGUGGGUUGUUAGGGUUGAAAGAAUGUGCAAAUGCAGGGUGUGAUUAUGGGCUAAGUACAAUAUCAGUGGUCGUUCAGUCAGUUACCCGGAGCUUGGUCGUAUAGUAUAUUAUAUGUAAUUUUCUCUUUCUCUUUUUUGGUUGAGCCAAGCCAUGGAUGGUGCUUGUAACAAGGAUGGCUUGAUGUCAGUACUACCUACCCUACCAUGGAGCCUGUUUGGAGAUUCAGUGGUUUCCAGUUCGUGUUAUUAUGUUCCUGUUUUUGUUGUAGGGUUCCAGCAAUGUCUUGAAACCUGCAAUUUCCUUUUGUACCCAAAUCUCCAUAGAAAUCGCUUACCUGCACAUGGCAGGUAUGUUUCCGAUGGUGAGAAAUCAAUCUAAAGUGUAAUUGAUUCC